UUAAACACUGAGGAGAUAAAACAUGUGCGAUCACACAUCACUGGAACUCUGAUGGAUUUUACAGGACAAACAGAUGGAUGUCAUCAUGUGUCUACUCUUUGAUACCAAUCCAAUCUUCCCUGGUCUGGGAUGUUCUGAAUACUUUAAAGGAUUUUGACUCACAUCCUCAAACUAAUCGCAGACGGACAUAUAGACAGAAGGACUCAUCAAGAGCAGCCACCGGAGACUCGUCCGAAAAGUUGAAUCCGCCGCUCAGGAUGUACUGUCAGGAAAAUAGAGUCAUCCAGUUCAAAUCUGACCAAAAAAACCCACUUCAGCUGUGCGCUGCACGCACCCACAGACAACACGACAGAAGAAGCUCUUCAUUCAUGACUGCAACACAGAUAUAAAUAUAUUUUGCUUCAUUUGCGUUUCUAUAAUCAUCCAGCGGGGGAUGGAUUGAAGACUCCAAUGCUGACCCUGUGUGGCGGCAAAAAGACCAACUGACAAAUCUAUAUGUUAGAGCAAGAAUAAAGCUGCACAUUCUGCAGGAAAGUGGAGCAAAGGAAGAGGAAAUAAAGAAUUUCCCGUCACCUUUAAGGGAAAUUCACAAAGGUUGGGCUGUGAGCGAUUUAAAAGGCUUUAGCUGCAGGUGGAACAUGUUAGUAACUCUCAUACACAAAUAAAGACACCGCACGGUCGCAGCACGUUGGCAGCAGAGAGGAACGAGACUGUGGGAUUCCCUCUGGGGCUUCACCAUCAUGAUGGAGAAGUUAAAGCCCGCCACUCCACCCACCUCACCCCCGGACCGAUCUCGACCCUCUUCCUCCUCCUCCUCUUUCUCUGCCUCCUCGCCCACGUGUGCGUCCCUGGAGCAGCACAGCCCCUCGGAGAACCAGACUUCAGCUGCAAGCAGCCCGUGUCCUGCUAAGAAGACAGGGCCCAAGGGACAGACAGAUUUCCCCAACACUGUCUCCAUUCAGUCCUCCAUCAGCACAACAACGGCGUUGGCCAAUCACUGCGCGGAUAAAGCUGCUGCGCUUGAGCCCAUCGCCAUGGAGACCAAGGUAGAGCAGGAGGAGAAGCAAGAAGGAGGAAAGAGAACAACUGCUGCUACCUCCUACAGGUCCCCAACUCUUUCUUCUCCUCCUCCGCUCCUCCCAGCUCCCGCCAAGACAUCUCCGUGUACGCUCCCACCUCCAACCGCUAUAUCAUCAUCCUCAUCAUCCUCUCCUCUUCCUCCCUACAUUCCGGUCAUCAGUCUCGGUCACAGCAAGCCACCUCUGCCGCUGCCCAACACCCCUCUGACCGCCCUCCAUCCCAUCCCCGGCCUCCUGCACAGGCCUCAUGGGGGCAUUCGCCGCGGCCAUCAGACCUGUUUGACUGUGGCGUGCACUGGAGGUCCUGGAGGCCCCUCAGCCCACUCCCCGGGGUCCCUGCUGCCUCAACAGUACCUGCCUGCACACGCCUUCUUCAGCAGCUCGUACCUGGGUCCCUCAGGAGGAAACUAUGGCGUCCUCAACAACAGCCGCAUCAAGAGGAGAUCGUCGUCACACUUUGAGAUGGAGAUCAAUGACUCAGGCCCCCCUCAGAAAAUCGCUCGCCGCGUCUUCACCAACAGUCGUGAGCGCUGGCGGCAGCAGAACGUGAACGGGGCUUUCUCUGAGCUCAGGAAACUCAUUCCCACUCACCCGCCUGACAAAAAGCUCAGCAAGAAUGAAAUCCUGCGUCUGGCAGUAAAGUACAUCAACUUCCUGGUAACUCUGCUCAACGACCAGGCCGAGGACAAGAGCCCAGACUCCGCUGAGGAGGAGGCUGAGGAUGAAGGGACGGCAGAAGGCUCGGACAGCAAUAAACUGAACUCCCCUUGUCGGUCCCGCGCCGUCCUGCCGCCCUCAGCCAUCAUGGCAAAAACCCGCAGAGACUCAACAGACUCAGUUGUUGCCCUGGCUAAUUCCCCAGUAACAUCCAGUUGCUAUGGUGACACGGACAGUGAAGAAAGCUUUGGGGCUAAGACCUCUUUGUUGACCCAAGGUAUUCUGGGAAAGGUCAAGGGUCAGAUGAGAAUGGUGGCUGCCACAAAUGAUGAGAGGUGACACUGGAGGGGGGCAAACAAAGAAGUGAGCAGCCGGCGGGAGUUUGACUACCACACUGACGGAGAAAGACAGGACGAUAUGGUCUGAGAGCAUCACCUCCCAAAUCAUGUGAAUAAGAAGAAGACUCGCUGUUGGUGAUAUUUUGCCAUUUUAAUUGUCUCUAUAUUGGUUGAUUACAAGGCUCUGUGUUUUCAAAAAGUCUGCAGGAGGCUGAAAGACAUGAAUUCUAUUUUCUGUUGUUUUUUUCCAAAAUAAUGUGACAGUGUUCUGUGGUAAACAUUACAACACAGUGUCUAACUAUGGAAAUUCAUCAUGCGGAUGAUUUAUGCAAAACAGAAUCCUGGAAAUAUAGUUACAUAAUAUUUCAGGCUGGAUUAAUGUCCUUAUAUGUUUUAAUAAUAAAAAAAUCUAAUAAUCAGGAUCUUGAAUCCCCAAUCUGUCUACCCCACAACAAUGUAGAAUCUCUAAAGAGAUAUGGGAUUAUCAUGACACCCUCUGAAAGUGAGAGAAGGUGUUUAACAGCUUGGAAUUAAAUUUAAUCAAAUAAUCUAAUGAAAGCAUAUUAAAAUAUCUACUCAAAAAAUGAAUGGGAAUCUUAACUUCCUCCAUGUUGAGCUCCAUUGCUGGAGAAGUCUGUUGAUUCCAUGUGAUUGACAUGCUUGGACUGUACUUCAACUGAGAGCAAACUAUAGAUUAGGAGCAAAUGCCUCUGCCUCCAGGAUCCUGACUCAGUUUCAGAGUUUCAGAUCAGAGCUGCAGGUCAACACUGGUAAAGAUCCUGUGAUACGCAAACCUCAUGAGCGUGGCAAUCUCAGAAAAACUGCAUGUUGUAGACUUAACUCUUAAAUAACAGAUAUUUGUCCUUUUAAAAUUCAAGUUUCAACAUUUCAGACCUGUACAUUCACCUCUGUUCAGAUUACAUACAAGGUUUCAAAGCAGGAAAACAAACUGAUGCUCCUGAAGAACAGGGAUACAUUUAAGACUCUGAAAAUGUGUUGUAAAAACUCUGUAAUCAAGAGAACUGCAGUUUUGAAAAAGGGAAACUCAAAUAGUACAUAACGAUGGCAGAGAUUAGUGGUUUUUUUUUCAGCGUAUCAGAACAUUGUGUAACCUUUUAACGCCUUUUUUUCAGUUUCAGAAAAUGUCCUGAUAUAUACCCUAUAAAAAGAGGGUUAAAAGAUUUUCAGUGAAAAUGCAGCCUCAGGUGUUUUUAUGUAAAUAACCAGCAUCUCCUCUGUUGUGCGUGUGAAGAAAUGCACAACACGCAUUCCAGCAUUUUAGUGUUGCAGCUUUGGACGUUCCUGCUGUCUUCACUGUCAGAGAAGC